AUGGUUGGUGCUAUGGAACCCCAUCAAUUGGUGGGCUCAGCGGGCUCAGUAAUUCACGACCAGUCGCCACUGCCACUUCCAGGCACACCCUCCCCAGGCAGUAGUUCAGCAUCAACGGGUUCAGGUUCGGGAUCAGGUAAAAGCACUGACACAAUAAAACGGGGCGCUUCACCAUCUUCAGUUAAACAAGUCAGAAUACAAGAAUCCGUUAGUACAUAUUCUAUAAAUCACAAGAAAUCAGUUAAAGAUUCACCAACCGAUGAAGCAACCACAGCAGCAACUGACGCAACAACUACAACGACACGCAAAAGCGUCGAUUUUUAUGAAUCGCACAAACCUCAGACGAAGACGGAAGAUAGUAGCAUUUCAACCAAAUAUGGUGAAACAUCAAAAGCACGCAAUGGUAGCACUUACAGUAGCUUGGGUGCAACAGCUGGUAAGUCGGCAAUUUCAACACUUUCCACCGAAGACUAUAAAGCAAUGCGUAACAAAUCGAGCACAACCUCAUCUUCAUCAUCAUCACAAGCAACAGUGUUGAGUGCUGGUUCAACUGCAACAUCAGCAGCUACCACAUCAUCUGAUGACUCCGAUGACUUGGUGUCAUAUAAAUCAUCUGCUUCUACCAAUGCGUUACUCGCCCAAUCACAAGCGAUGACCACAUCGCAACUGAUGUCAAAAUAUUUAAAACGAGAGCCACGUGUUCAAUUUACACCAAUCAAAUCACCCGAUUCACCUUCACCACCUGAUAGUGACAACAUACCUAAGGGUACUUAUCACUUGACAGGCAGUAGCAGCAAGACAAGUAGUUCAACAGGUGCAAUUAGUAAAUACACAACUACUCCAUCAAAUAUUUCGGCAUCCUUAUCACCAUCGAGUGCAUUAUCCUCCACUUCGGCUUAUGGAACAUCGGAAACAAACUUAACGAAUACAAGUAGCAGCCACAAGGUAUCUUCACCGUCUAGACAAAUAAGCAGUAGUAUUAGUAGUGGAAUAGGUAAAGAUUCGGUACCACCACGACCACCACCAAUAUCAACAACAGCAUCAUCAACUUCAAUUGUAUCGACCGGGAGACGACUUUUCGAUAGUUUAGCAACAGCAACAGCAAACGAAAAGGACACAAAAUCAGGCACAGCCAGCACAACGUCAACCACAAAUUAUACUAAUGAUACUAAAAAUUUAGUUGGUAGUUAUAUUAGCAAUAAGCAGCAAAGUUCAGAAUACAAAAGUUUAGGUAGUACAUUAUUUGGUGGGGGUAACGGUAGCAGUACUAGUCCUUUUGUUACCAAUGGUAGUUCGAAUGGGGCUCACAAUGCAAUGCAUCUAUAUGGUACAUUACCGAAGAAUGGUACAAGCGGUGGUAAUGGUUCCUCGGGAAGUGGCCUAUUUAGUUCAACCGGUUCUAGUGCAUUUUACUCAGCCACAUCAUCGGGAGCAGCCACAGCCAGCAGUAGUGGUGUUAGUUCUAUGACUGGUUCAACUAAUAGUUAUGAUUUCUAUACAAGCUCAACGUAUGCUUCAUCAUCCGUUACUGCAAGCACGACAAGACCAUUUGCAAAUGGCAGUAGUAGUUAUGGCAGCAAUGGUGCAGGUAAUUAUCAUACUUUAGGUACGUAUAGAGUGCAAUAUGCAGCUACAAAUCCAUUUUUGGAUGCAUUCGAUGCACCAGCAAGCGGUAAUGGAAAUGGUAAUAAUGGCAGCAAUAAUCACGGUUCUGGUGAGCAAUCACAACAAAGCCAUAGUAGUCAUCGUACAUCACUGUUAACUGCUUUUCAUUCUAGCGACUCGAAAAACGGCAGUGAUGAGUACGAUGACUUAAAGUAAAUUAUGAA